AUGGGUUCCGGGCAUUUUUUGGUGCUGCUAGACAGCGGAUUGGUCUACGCGUGGGGCGACAACCAGCUUGGGCAACUGGGAGUCGGGAAGAGCGUGCAUCGCUGCGAAACGCCCAUGUUGGUUUCGAGUUUGUUGAACAAACGAAUUGUCAUGAUCGCCACGUCGUCGACGCACUCGCUCGCAUUGGACGAGUCGGGCGCCGUGUAUGCGUGGGGCGACAAUCGAAGCGGCGCCUGUGGCGUGAGCUCGCUCUCGUUCAUCUACACGCCCGUUCUUUGCUUUCAAAACUGCACACACAUCGCCGCAGGCUCCCACUUCUCCGUCUUCGUUCACAAACAAAGCGGCGUCUUCGCCUGCGGACGCAGUCGCGAAGGCCAGUGCGGCGCGUACGACGGCGAAAUGCUCCUCUCCCCGCGACAGAUCGCAGGCUUUCCCUCCUCUCUGCAAGUCCAGCAGGUCUGCUGCGGCGACGGCUUCUCGCUGCUCCUCGCGAAGGAUCGCUCCGUGUUCACCUGGGGCUGCGGGAGUUUCGGCGAGCUGGGGAUCCGCGAUCCGCUGGGUUCUACAAGUCCGCAGGGCGCAGCCAAUCAUCUUCUGAUUUCGCAUCUCCCCACGCAGAUCUAUCUCAACGCCUGUCUCCAGACCGGGGAAACCGUGGAAACCAUCGCGUGUGGGGCGCACAAUUGCCUGCUGGCGACGACGCUGGGUCGCUGCAUCGCCUGGGGCCGCAACGCGGGAAAUUGCUUCGGACUGCCGGACCCCGUGGAAAGCGUCCCGCGUCCCGCGGUUCUGCCACACCCCGCGCUCUCGCACAUUCGAUCCAUCGCCGCGGCGGACGACGUGCUGGUGUUUCUUCGCGAGCCCGCCACUUCGCAGGCCUCCACUUCCCUCCCCGAAGCCGCCCCGUCCAAAUGGAUGGAUUUCCCGCGGUUCAAAGACACCAAAACGAUCCGACAGCUCGACUUGGAGGAGCAAACCCGCCUCGUUCUCUGGCGUUCGCAGCUCUCCCGCGAUUAUUUCACGCACGGCCUGACCACGCAGGUGGCCGCGGAGUGGCGGCGCGGCCUGCCCAUCGAACUGCGCGGGAAGCUGUGGUCCCACCAAAUCGGCAACGCCCUGCACUUGACUCGUGAGAUCUACUCCAUGUACCAGCGGCACUGGAAGCGCCAUCGCCUCUCCAUCGCCUACGCCUACCGCGAGCCGAGCGGGAACUCCACGGUCACCAUCGGGCGCGAGCAGACGCUCCGCGGCGUCGGCGUCGAUCUGUCGCGCACCUUCGGGUACCCGCGGGGGAGUCGCUGGACUGUAGCGCCCUGCAGCUGUUCCGCGUGGGCUCGGCGCUGCGCAGCAAGCUGCAGCAAUGCCUCGAAAUCUUCGCGAUCUACCGGCCCGAUCUCGGGUACGUGCAGGGAAUGA